AUGGCUGCCGCUAGGGUUGCAAGUGUUUUUCGAUCGGGAUUAUUUAACGAAAGAGUGGCGAUAAUUACAGGCGGGGGUACAGGAAUCGGAAAAACCAUUGCACGAGAACUGUUAAAUUUAGGAUGUAAAGUUGUGAUAGCCUCCAGAAAAGGUGAAAGAUUAAACAAAUCAGCUGAUGAAAUGAGACAAGAACUUGAUAAAGACAGUCCUGCUAAACUAGAAGCUAUCCAGUGUAAUAUCAGGAAUGAGGAACAGAUUAAGUCUUUGAUUUCUUUUACCCUGGACAAAUUUGGUAAGAUAGACUACUUGGUUAACAAUGGGGGUGGUCAGUUUCCAAGUCGUCUUGGCGAUAUGAGCACAAAGGGUUGGAAUGCUGUCAUAGAAACAAAUCUCACUGGUACUUUCCAGAUGACAAGAGAAGUUUAUAACAGUUGGAUGAAGGAUCAUGGAGGAAGUAUUGUAAAUAUCGUAGUCAACAACUGGAAUGGAUUUCCGGGAAUGGGACAUACAGGUGCAGCCAGGGCAGGUGUGGUCAAUAUGACUAAGACUUUAGCAUUGGAAUGGGCACAUGAAGGCAUACGAAUAAACUGUGUGGCACCUGGAACUGUUUAUUCAGAGACUGCUGCUGCAAAUUAUGGAGGCAGUGACAUCUUUUCCGGAAGUAUUCCCGAUAUGCCGACUAAACGACUAGGAACAGUUGAAGAGGUUUCUGCUGCUGUUUGUUUUCUUCUGUCUCCUGCUGCGGCCUUCAUUUCUGGAAGUACAAUAAAAGUGGACGGUGCUGCUAGUUUGUUCAAACACCAAUUAUUUGAUAUUCCUGAUCAUGACAAGACACCAGCCUACACAUGGGGGAAGUCAGAUGCACCAACACUGAAAGACACCGUAGAGACCACAGACAUAAAAUCAAAACUUUGAUAUAAAUGAAAUUGAGAGAUAAUAAUAAAAUUAAUUUGUAAAAUAAA